GGCGGUGCAAUCGAUAAGGCGGCUGCCUACGGAGUACGGGGGAUCGACAUCUAUAGUGUUUUAGCCACCCUCCAUCUUAUAUCUACUGGGAUAUCUGGCAACAAGCUUGUUGUUCAUCUCAACAGAUAUCAUCGCCUCCUUCCGUCUUCGUGACUACUAGCAAUACGUUUCACAAGUAUACAUAGCAGCGAUCUCUAAUCCAGAACAAAAUGCCAACGCCUUUAGAUCGCGCGUUGAACUCCAAGAACCUAUUUCUAGGGUUUGCUGGAAUGGUGACUGCAGCGGCCGCUUGGGCCAUCUGGGGUAGCGAUGUGUUCCCCGCUGAAGCUGACCCAACUGGAGGCACGGAUCGAUAUCCUCUGUGAUUGUAGGUAUACCAAGCUGACGUCUAAAAGAUCCGGAGAAUUGGACUGCAGAUGAAAUGCGGAGAUGGCUUCGAGUUGUAUGUUUUCUUCUUCCUUCGUAAACAAAACAGUCAAUGUCGCCAAAAAAGAGCAAUGGUUUCUAACUGUCACUCCAAGAGGGGCCUUUUGCCCAGCGAAAG